UUUUAAACAAAUUUCUAUAUAAGAUAAUGUAUAAGUUUGAGCACAUUUAUCCAAAAACACGGACCAAUCCGUACUAACUGAAAAACUAAAAUUGAACUGAAUUGCAUAAAUAAUAGAGCAAACCAUAUAUCUAUGACUGAAAAAUUGAAACUAAACCGAGAACCAAAUGAGUAUCUGAAUUUUCAAAUAAAAAUUAUAUAUUUAAAAAUAUUAAUUACAUUCAAUUUUAAAAACCAAAUAUCCUAAAAAUACUAUUUAUAAACCGGAUAACUCGAAAACUUGAAUUACCCGAAUAUUUUUAUUUGGUUUAUAAAUAAUUUAGUUAACCAAAAGUAUAAAUUAUGUAUAUAAUUAUUUUUUUAAAUAUAUAUAUAACUAUGUUUAAUAUAACACAUAGUAUCAAAACUAUUUUCAAAAUAAUAUUAUGUUUUAAAAUAAGUGGAUUUUGUUCUAAAACACAAUUCUAUUGCUAACCUAUUUUAAAAUAUCAAUAUAGUGUUAAUAAAUAACAAUGUGUUUUUAAAGUUUUUAGAAGUUAUUACUAACCGAUUUAUAAUUGGUUAGACUAAAUAUUUAACGGAACCAAAGAUAAAUAGCCAUUUUCUGAAAAUAUAGGAGAUGGAAAGAUUGAACCGGUUUUAUGUAGACCAUAAUCAUAUAUAUGGAUUCGUAUAAGAACUGGCUUGGUAUUAAAUGGUACAACCAAUUUGGAAUAUUAAGUUGUGACAAACAUCGUUUAGUUUGUGAAUGAUAAUGUUGAAGUGUUUAUAUAUAUAUAACAUGGUUAAUGAAAUCAGUUUAGUUAAUAAAAUUGGUAUAAAAUAAUGGUUGAUCUCUGUAAAAGAUGCAAUUUGUUUUACAAUAGAUAUUGUAUUAUGUUUAUAGUCUCCGAAGGUAUUUACUAUUAAAUAAAUCACAAGUAACCAUAUAUACAAAUAUAGGGUAGAUAUUAUUUAAUAAUAACAUAAAAUAAUUAUGAUGGAAUAAUGUGUAUAUAGUAAAUGUAUAUGUAGAGAAUUAGGUUAGUAUCAUUUUUUAUGACUAAUUUGUUUUAAUGAAGAAUAAUGAAGUUAAUAGUAUGAAAAAUAAUAGGAAUUCUAGUUAAAUGAAAUGGUCCAACUAUGACUUGUUUUAAGUAGAUUUUUUAGGACUCUUUCCCUUUUAAUAGUAUUGAUUAAAUAGUUGAUCAAAAAGUAUUUAUAAGAAGGGUUGACAUCAUUAAACCCCUUUUACUUCUAUAACCCACCCUCAUUUCCUAUAUAUAUUGUUUCUGGACCAAGGAAAGAACGAUAAUAAUAGUGCCAAAAGAUAUCAUUUAAACCGUAAAUUACCAGUUUUAAAAUCAUGCAACAGAGACGACACUCACCAACGUUAAUAAUAAUAAUAAUACUGUCGUCCAUAAAGACAUAUUACAAACACAGAUCGUUUCCAUCUCCCCACAUAUUCCGAAAUUAAAUGUUGAUGUGAUAUAUACAUAAUAAAUUCAUUAAGUUAAAAGUCAUCGUUUGAUUACAAAAUAUGCGUACUUGCUCAUCAGUUAAAUUAAUCAAUACCGACGAUCUCAACUGAUAUUAACAACAUCGAUAUAUCCAACAGUUCUAACCUCGUAUAACCAUAGUUUAAAGUAAGUUCAAUUUGCUGUUUAAAUAUUGAAUAUUUAAUACUGUAAUCUGCCUAGAAAUAAUCAUAUGUUCCUGAAUCACCAACAUCAUUCUCAGCAUCACAUGCUUUCGUAAUCUUCACCUUAGUUAUUUCUUCCUCUUCUUAAUCGAUCAAUGUUAGAACUAUAACCUUAUAGCUCAUCAACCAUAUAUAAUUCUAUUUACUUCUUUCCCAAGGAAACAUCUUACAGAGAAUCCAAAAGCUAAAAUCAUUGUUGAUGGAGACCUUUGUCUUCAUCUGGCUACUCUUCAUCUGCUUCACACACUUGGCUUCAUCCAUAACUCAAGACUUCUCCUUCGUUGGCUUCAAAAACGCUUCUCCUAAUCUAAUCUUGUCCGGAGUUGCGGGGAUAGCCGACACAGGAGCUCUCAGGCUCACAACAGACACAAGUCGCAUGACCGGUCACGCCUUCUACUCCUCACCAAUCCGGUUCAAGCCACCCGGUCAGAACCGAACUCUCUCCUUCUCCACCUCUUUUGUAAUAGUCAUGGUUCCAGAAUACGUCACCCUUGGAGGCCACGGACUUGCCUUCGCCAUCACGUCAACUCCAGAUCUCCAAAAUUCUCUUCCUAGCCAGUACCUAGGCCUUUGGAAUUCAAGCCGAGCUAACUUCUCUAGCAACUUCUUAGCUGUGGAGUUUGAUACCGUCAGAGACUUGGACUUUGAUGAUAUCAAUGAUAACCAUGUUGGCAUCGAUAUAAACACUCUUGAAUCAAGUACUUCAACUCCAGCUGGCUAUUUUCUACCUAACUCAACCAAAAAGGAGCUUUUCUUAGACAGUGGUAGAGUGUUCCAAGCUUGGGUUGAUUAUGAUUCAGACAAGAAAAGGUUAGAUGUUAAGCUCUCUCCAAUCUCCGAGAAACCAACGUUGUCUCUUCUCUCUUACAAAGUAGAUCUGUCCUCUGUCUUUGGAGAUGAGAUGUAUGUUGGUUUCUCUGCUUCGACCGGUAUGCUAGCUAGUUCUCAUUACAUCUUAGGUUGGAACUUUAACAUGGGUGGAGAAGCUUUGUCUCUGUCUUUGCCAUCUCUCCCUCGGCUUCCACAUCCAAACAAGAACAAGAAGAGCCCUGGCUUGAUCCUUGGAGUGUCUCUCUCGUGUUCCCUGUUGAUAAUCACGGUUCUUGUCGCGGCAGCGAUGUUUUUUAUAAAAAGGGCAAAAGAUGAUGACAAAGUUGAAGAGUGGGAGCUUGAGUUUGGUCCGCAUAGGUUCGCUUAUAGAGAGCUGAAGAAAGCUACUAAUGGUUUUGGGGACAAGGAGCUUCUCGGGUCUGGUGGAUUUGGGAAAGUAUACAAAGGAAAGCUUCAAGAUUCAGACGAGUUUGUAGCUGUCAAGAGAAUCUCUCACGAGUCAAGACAAGGUGUGCGAGAGUUCAUGUCUGAGGUCUCAAGCAUUGGUCACCUCAGGCAUAGGAACCUUGUUCAGUUGCUAGGCUGGUGUCGAAGGAGACAAGAUCUGCUUCUGGUAUAUGAUUACAUGCCUAAUGGAAGCUUAGACAUGUACUUGUUCGACGAAAACCCUAAAGUUAUCUUGACGUGGAAGCAACGUUUCAAAAUUAUCAAAGGGGUUGCUUCUGGCUUACUUUACCUUCAUGAAGGAUGGGAACAAACGGUUAUUCACCGCGAUAUUAAAGCCGCAAACGUUUUGCUAGACGGUGAAAUGAACGGGCGGGUUGGAGAUUUCGGUCUUGCUAAGUUAUAUGAGCAUGGAUCGAACCCGGGAGCUACAAGAGUGGUUGGUACGUUUGGGUACUUAGCACCAGAACUUACUAAAUCAGGAAAGUUAACAACAAGCACUGAUGUUUACGCGUUUGGAGCGGUUCUGUUAGAAGUAACUUGCGGGAGAAGACCUAUAGAGACAAAUGCUUUACCGGAAGAGCUUGUAAUGGUUGAUUGGGUUUGGUCAAGGUGGCAAAGUGGAGACAUUAGAGGUGUUGUGGACAGGAGAUUGAACGGUGAGUUUGAUGAAGAGGAAGUGGUUAUGGUUAUCAAACUAGGGCUUCUAUGUUCUAACAACUCCCCAGAGGUUAGGCCUACGAUGAGACAAGUGGUUAUGUAUCUAGAGAAGCAGCAUCCGUCCCCGGAAGUUGUCCCUGCGCCUGAUUUUUUAGAUAAGAAUGAUAGCAUGUGUGUUGAUGAUGGAAGUGGUAAUGUUGGAGAGUUUGAGGAUUUUGUGGAUUCAGCUAGGUUUUUAAGUAGACCGCAUGAGACUACUACUUCGUCUAUAUUCUCAUCCGCCGAUAAAACUAAAACCGAUCGGAGAUGAUGGAUUUGGUUUCGUGUUCUUAUAACCGCAUUUUGGUAAUGUUUUGAGUUAAAAAAAUUUCACCUGACCAUGGAAAAUGUAAGUUGUAUGCUAGAAAGAAAUUUUGUUACCAAAAAAAGAACCUAGAAAGUAAACUAUUUUUCAUAUGUGAUGGUUUUCAUGAUAACUAGUUUGAGCUGUUCCUUAAAGGUUUUGAGUUGGUCGAGUUCAGCGUGUGGUGGUCAUUAGCUGAUUUUGCUUUGCCAUCACGGAUAGUUUUUGGAGAACCCAUCUCAUUUUCAGCAACAUCUAUAAGUAAUUAGCACAAAAAUGUUAUAUGUCAAUAAAUUGUUUUUUGUCAAGUCAAUCAGUUCUAGAUACCAAAAUUUGUAGAAUUUGCAUAUUAAGAAAUAAGAAUGGUAUAACUAACAGACAAACGGGAUGGAUGAUGAUGAUGCCUCCGAAAUGGUUUGAAAGUUUGGGUUUUGGAGACUUGUUAUGUUAUUAAAUGUAUCGAAAUCAAGAACUAGAGAACACAAAACAAACCAUGUAAUGGUUGAUAAUGAUGAUGAGUUUAUAAGAGUUUGACUAGAUUCAAGCUAAAUCAUCAGUUUCUUUCUUUCUUUUAACUGAAUCAUGAGUUGGUAUUUGAGGGAUACACACUUUGCAACUUCUCAAACCUGAAAAAAAGAUUGGCGAAUCAUUAAUUGUCUAUUACUGAAAAAAAUCAGAUUCAAAGACUGAAUGAAACAGUGAAACUAAAGACUGUCCAUAAUGAGUCUCCUGAGUGUCCUCUAAUCCUACGAUGUUCAUGCCACCAAAAUUUGGUAGGCCAUUAGGCCCAAAAUUUUAAGAAGUCUAUCUCCUCCUACAAGAGAUGCAAGCCCAUGCAGUUGUAGAAAUAGGUGAUGACUGACGCUUUGAUUCAGCUACUUUUAUUUUGCCUUAAGGCUAAAACACAAUCCAUUUUCACUUUUAUAAAGUAAGAAGUGAUGUAACCCCAAUAAUUACGAGCAAACUAGUACAAAAGAUUCCACAAAGUGAAAACAAUAGUGUUGCCUAACAAUCCAAAUCAAGCAUGCUAAUGAACAAUCAACAUUUAAUAAUCAUUUAGCAAAGAUCCUUUUCGAUUUGUAGGGAUGGCUGAUAAAGCACUUCAAAUUUCAAACUAAUCGUUGCACCGGUAACUAAACUAUCAUAAUUUGCCUCUUUUCUUUUUUUUUCCCCACUGAAGGAUUAUAUUAAAAGAUCAAAAAACAGAUCAGAGAUCAUACAAACAAUGACAUCAAGCUAGCGAGUUUAACCAACCCCCAGAGACAAAAGCCAGCAGAUAAAGGACAAUCUCUGGAGCCAAAAUCUAACAGAUUGAGAUUCAAUCCCUAAGAAACAAACUAAAACAACAAGGCUAACUUUAUAAAAAACAGAGAACCGAUCAUAGACUAUAAAUCAACACAAACAUCCAAGGAUCGUAGAUGUCAACAAGCAGAAAAGGUGAAGAAGGAGACAAGCGCCGGAACUCAUUAUACUGCUCCAACAACCAAGAGGAGCCACGAGCAAUCCGUAUGGAUACAACCAAGGGGGACGGAAUUCAAUUCAUGAUAUACUUAUUAUAUUUCUUAUAAUAUUUGUUACUUUUAUAUGUUUAAACACCAUUUAGAGAUUAAAGUGUUAUUAAUUCAGCGUUGCAAUGAUCAAUUAUCCCUCCAUAUAUUGCAAUGUUCGAUAGAACAAUCAAAUCGGCCCCGUUUGAAUUUUUAAAGAAACUAAUUUAUUUUAUUUUAUUUUGCCACAAAGUGUCAAAAGUGAAGCAGUAGUUACAUUGAACAAAUCGAAGAUUAAAUAAAACACGAAGAUAUCCAGCAAAAACUAGAAAGAAUCCAGCGCAACAACAUAUGUUUUACUUAUAAAAUUAUUUUCUUUAUCAGUUUAUCUUACAAUUUUUUUUUAUCAGUUUAUCGAUUGUAUUGUGAAGAGAGUAUUUAUAGAAAAAGAUUAAUUUUACAUGCAUGGUUUAUGACUUCAUGGUUCAAAGAAAUAUGGAUCUAGGACUGGGACCUUGGUUAAAAAAUAUUAAAUUAACAUGUUAUGGUUUAUGAUUCUCAAAGAUUAUUGACCUAGAUCUAGAACUAAUAAGAAAAUAUCAUCACUUCUUCAGCAGUAACUCAAUGACAAUGAGUAGCAGUAGUGACUUAAUUUCUUAAAGAGACUCGAUCUUUCUAGCCUCACCUCUGUUUAAUUAAUUUCCCCAUGCCUAAUUAAGCACUUCAAAAAAAAUAUUCUUAUUUAUUCGAGCUAUAAUGAAUCAUAAUUGUUGUGGUCAUAUUGUUAGUAGAAAUGAAUAUAAAUUACGGGACCAAAUACGAUUUUUUUUAACAUAGGGACCAAAUACGUUUUAUAGUGGGUUUAUAAAUCUGUUUAUAACAACUUUUCUAAGACCACAUUAAUCUGUUUAUAAUAUCAUAUAUAAGUGGCAGCUAUUUCAUGAAGUCGUGGACUACGUAAGAUGUUACGUGUUGUCAUCACAUUGCAGUAUCCAUUCUAUAAAUUAACUUUUUCAUACUUAUGUAUAAGCUAUGUUUAGCUAGAUAAUCUUUACUUUUGCGCAACAUUUGGAAGAAAAAAAUAUUGGUACUUUCGUUAGAUUUUUUUAAAUAUUUUUCGCACGUUUAAUCCACUAGUACCACUACUAACAACAAUAUUUCAGAGCCCUUUAAAAUGUCACCGAUGUCCUUUGACUUCAAGGAUAUUCGAAAAUCCUAAUGACAUUUAAGUAUUUAAUCAACUACAUUUUUUUUAUAACACAAUUAAGUUCUAGCACAUUGUUUGGUCUAAUGAUAACUAGCUACGAAAUCACGUUCUAACAAUUAGUAAACUAUUAAAUCGAUAUGAUCAUGGCGUUGAAAACAAAUAUAAUUUACUAUUUUAUACUAACAUGCUUUUGCAUUCUCUAUUGUUCAAGAGCAUACACU